AUGUUGUUUACCAAGUUUCCAAAGAGAAGGUUGCAUCAGCGCCAGAGUAAGCAAACAGCUGAGGCCACCGGGAAGAUGCAAUUACCAGAGGCCAGGAUGAAAGCCAAGAGAAUGCUUCGCCUCCUGGCUCUGGGACUCUUGGCGGCCGGGCUCUGCCCUGCCAUCCUCUGCCACCCGAGUGGCACACCUGCCCCGGAGAACCUGACCCAGGAAGAUCAAGACCACACAAGGCCCGCGGACGAACUCCUGGCCUCCAGCAGCCUGGACUUUGCCUUCAGCCUCUACAGGCAGCUGGUUCGGCAGACCCCCGGGGAGAACGUCAUCUUCUCUCCGCUGAGCACCUCCAUGGCCCUGGCCUUCCUGUUGCUGGGGGCCCAUGGCAACACCCACACAGAGAUUCUGGAAGGCCUCAAGUUGAACAUCACGGAGAUGUCAGAGGCAGAAGUGCACCUGAGCUUCCAGCGCCUUCUGCGCACCCUCAACCAGCCCAGCGACCAGCUGCAGCUGAGCACGGGCAACGCCAUGUUCGUCCAGCAGCAGCUCCAGCUGCUGGACAAGUUCGUGGAGGAUGCCAAGGAGCUGUACACCGCGGAAGCCUUCCUCACCGACUUCCAGGAUACCGCCACCGCCGAGAAGGCCAUCAACGACUACGUGAAGAAGGAGACCCAGGGGAAAAUCACAGAGCUGGUCAAAAACCUCAACCCAGAGACCAUGCUGGUCCUGGUGAAUUACAUCUUCUUUAAAGCCAAGUGGAAGACGCCCUUUGACCCUCGCGAUACCUUCGAGUCCAGGUUCUAUGUGAGGAAGAACAAGUGGGUGAAGGUGCCCAUGAUGAAACUGGAGGAUCUGUCCACGCCAUUCUUCCGGGACGAGGAGCUGUCUUGCACCGUGGUGGAGCUGCCGUAUACGGGCAACGCCAGCAUGCUCUUUGUCCUCCCUGACAAGGGCAAGAUGGAGGAAGUGGAAGCCAGGCUGCUCCCAGAGACCCUGAGGAGGUGGAGAGACUCGCUGCAGACCAGGUGGGUCGACGAGCUCUACCUGCCCAAGUUCUCCAUCUCGGGCAACUACAACCUGAAUGACAUGCUGUCCCAGAUGGGCAUCAGGGACGUCUUCACCAGCAACGCCGACCUGUCGGGGGUCACGGGCACCAAGGACCUGGUGCUGUCUCAGGUGGUGCACAAGGCCGUGCUCGACGUGGCCGAGGUGGGCACGGAAGCAGCGGCCGCCACGGGCGUCAAGAUAUCCCCCAUGUCCGGAAAGAUAGGCCCGCUGACCAUCGUGAAUUUCAACAGGCCCUUUCAGAUAAUCCUCCUGGACUCUGGCACCACGAGCAUCCUCUUUCUGGGCAAAGUGGCCAACCCCAAGCACGUCUGA